AUAGCCAAGUUGUGGUUAAGAAGGUGGAUUUUUGUUCCUUAUAUUUACCAGAAACGAAGUGAUCCGAACAUACGACCCGGGACUUUGGGGGACUCCAGUGAGAACCGUCCUCGUUUUCCCAGUGUAAAGCUGCGAGCCAUUUGUCUCGUCUCUGUGGGCUUUUAUCACGCUUUGGCAGAACAAAAUACAACCUUUGUUUUCCCUGUUUCCAGUUGUGGUUAGCACAACCAAAAAACAACACAGUUUUUCGGCAUUUUGGAGGCAGAAUGACGGGUUUUACCAGCGUAGGUCGACAGGUUAAAGAGUAAUGGCAACGGUUUGUUUUCAACGCCAGUCUCGUUGCUAUGGCUCGAAGAACCCAUGUAGCUCAGUUGCCCGGAUGUCGGCCCUCACCCAUACAUCGAAUGGUAGCUCUAACUCGACCUGUGUUAUUAUGAAUCUGUUGCUACAAGAUACAUUGUUUGACAUGUAACAUUGUUUAACACGCAAUAUUGUUUAGCACCGAAAACAAUCAUUAUUGUAGCGUAGUUGCUGUGUCGGACUGGCUACGUCAAAAACUGCAAGUCGUAGCUAUGACGACGUAAUUGACAAGUUUCAUUACUGGAUUCCGAUUUGUCGAACCGUACAAUCAGAAACGUGAUUGGCAAUUAAAUUAAAUUAAUGUUCAGUUGUGUAUUAAAACGUAAAAAAACAUCGUUUUCGGAGAGACAACAGCUAGACUUCUACAUUGCGGCCAAAUAUGUAUUUAUAUUCACCGACCGACAAAAAAGUUGCACGCAGCAGACGUGACGAAUCUGCGAUCGGUGGGGAAAACAACUUCUGAAGUCAAAAAGUCAGCCUGUCAACUGAUGUAAACAUUAACCAUGUGGUUAUGUGCAAUAUAGCAACAAUUGUAGUGUUUUAAAUAGUCGGUGACGUUUCUGCGUGUUUUGCUGAUCAAAUGCUGGUCUGAUCUCCCAUUUUUUGUUCUUGUAAAUUAGAUGUGUCGUGCAGUUUAAACAGCAGAGUGCAGCGGAUACCAUUUAUGUGAGUGCAGAUAAAUAUUAAGCAUUUAGAUCGGGGGCCACAUGGAGAAAAACCUACUCCCAAGUGGGCCGGACUGGUAUUUUCAAUCUAUCAAGAUAAAAAAAUGAUAUCAAAUUACAGUAUGUUAUUUAUGUAGUUUGAUAAUUUUCCUCGACUGAUGUACUAACAUCAUGUGGCUUAUUUUGUACGUAUGUAGCAUCAUCUACAAAGAUACAAAGAAUUGCUAUUGCGACAUCCAGUGGACAUGUUUCUUUAAUUAAAACAUUUCAAGUACAUUUUUAUACUUAGCAAACUCAUCCCGCAGGCCAGAUAAAACCUGUUCGCGGGCCUGAUCCGGCUCUCGGGCCGUACGUUUAACACCCCUGAUUUAGAUAAAUAAACACUUAAGGUCAAAAUAACAUCUGUGUGUUGUAAUUCAUUGUUACAGACGGAAGAUGCGUCAAUAGUAUUAUUCAUCAACCCACUUGAGGAUGCUGGUCAGUUAAUAAAAGUUCUGCAUGUUCCCACACUCAAGUUUAAUUGAAUUUCCACGGAAUAACAAGCAUGUUCUCAGUGCAGGGAACUAGAAUAGUUGUCCACUUAGACCAGUUACGUGAUUCAGUCUUCAUGCCAUCAUUCUCGGUCUAUUACUCAUUGUAUAGAAAGUUGCCCAUAAACAAUACAGACCCUCAUUCUACAUUUUCAUAUCAGACUUUUCAAGACGUCAAGGCAGCGUGUCAUGCACGCUCCUCUGCGGUGGGUGCUGUGGGAUGUAAAAGACACUCUGCUGAAGGUGCGUUCCUCCGUAGGAGAACAAUACUGUGAUGAGGCUAAACGAAUAGGCCUCAGCCUCAACCCUGCGGAGGUCGCCGCUGCUUUCCGUCAGGCGUAUCGACAUCACUCCAGCACAUUCCCAAACUACGGCAUCACUCAGGGACUGGAUGGACAGUCUUGGUGGAAAGCAGUAGUGAAAGCCACCUUCUCCCUGUGCAAGGUGCGGGACCCGGCCAUACUGAAUACGAUGGCCCACAAUCUCUACCAGAACUUCAGCAAAGCAGAGAACUGGGAGGUAUUUCCAGACUCAAAGGCGGCUUUGGAGAACUGCUCCUCGCUGGGACUGCAGCUGGGAGUGGUUUCUAACUUUGACAACCGCCUUGAAGCCAUCCUACACAGUUGUGGACUGCUGUCUCACUUCAGCUUCCUGGUGACGUCAGAAGGAGCAGGUGUGGAGAAGCCAGAGGCGGCCAUUUUUAACCAGGCUCUGCGGAAGUGCGGCGUGCCGGCUGCCAGCGUAGCGCACGUCGGGGACCACUACGUGAACGAUUACCUCACGUCACGCUCUGUCGGUAUCCAUGGCUUCCUUUUGGACCGAAAAAGCCCCUUUGAGCGACGUGAUGUCCCUAAAGAGCAUCGGCUGUCAUCACUGGAUGAGCUGCCUGUGCGACUUAAACAGCACAUGGACGCACACUAGCAACAUUUCGUAGGAGAACAACCUAUUGGCAUGCAGGACGGUCUCCCACACGGAGCUGUAUCACCCCCACCUGAGACAUCAAUGAGGAGGCGCCACACCUCAAGUUUAGAACUGCAGAAGCCUUUUUGGACUUAAAGGUAAAACCUUGUCAACAAACAAGGAGAACCCGGUUGCCUCGACUUCACCCUUUGCAGAUUACCAUAACCUGGAUCUACACAGUCAACUAUGUGUCUUUUUGCUUUUUCUAUGGCUUGCUGUGUUGUAUGCCAGUGAAGAUAACCAUAGAACAUUUCCGGCUGCUCAGUGCAGUGCAGUUACAACAAGACAACUUCAAUAAUAAAAGAACGAAAUGCACACCACAAAUUGAAAUGCCUUUUCGUCUUCUCAGGUCAUCUCAUAUCGAGUACAAACUUUUGUAUAGGUUUUACUACACACUUUUUACACUUGCAAGACAGUAGAGAAUGUUUCACUCGCCCUGGGCACUUCUAAUGUCUGUCACAUUUCAACAAAAGUAAGGGUAAAUAGAGGUCACCUUUUUUUACACAUGUAUGAAAAGGUUUUAUGUUGAUGACCGUUUGACACUGGGUCAGAUUUUUAUUUUCGUCAAUGGUGGAAAUAAAUGUUAAAUUAAAAU